AACUUGCGUGACAAAAUUUGUGAAUUUCUUUCUUUCUGAAUUUUUUUCCAUUCGUCAAAGGAAGAUCAUUUGAUCAUAACAUUUUAUAAAAAUGGCAAAGCGUACAAAGAAGGUCGGAAUCGUUGGAAAAUACGGUACUCGUUAUGGUGCAUCCUUAAGAAAAAUGGUGAAGAAAAUUGAAAUUUCACAGCACGGCAAGUACACAUGCAGUUUUUGCGGUAAGGACGCAAUGAAACGAACCUGCGUUGGAAUCUGGAGCUGUAAGAGAUGUAAACGAGUAGUCGCUGGAGGAGCAUGGGUAUAUUCUACAACUGCAGCCGCAACAGUACGCUCAGCAGUCAGACGUUUGAGAGAAAUGAACUAAAAUACCAUUCACAUCAAUCCAUAACAUCUGAUGAAUAAAAGUUAAUUGAGUCUUUCAAUUAAGUUCCAAAA